AUGCAUAAUACCAUGAAAGAAAGAGUAAAAUCUCUUAAUUUUCUUAAAGUUGCCACCACUAUCAUCCUUUUAACUUGCGAUGGUCUGAGUUAUAAUGAUUCGGGUAACUUUUGCAUGCUAUUAGAUAAAAGGAGCAAUAUAAAUGACAAAUACUCUAUAAGACCUCAACGAGUAUUAGCAGGAAAGAAUAAGAGAAGGGAUUCAAUAUUUACAAAUUCAAUUGAGGAUUUAUUAUCAGAUUAUAAAAGUGAUGGGAAAAAAGUACACAAUUAUGGACAUCAUCACCCCUCACGAUAUAAUGUAGAAAAUAAUGAUUAUGAAUUUUCACAACAUGAUAUAAAAGAUGAUGAUUUUAUGCAGUCCCAAUUUGAUAUAACAGAUGAUGAUGAUGAUCUUAGUAUACCGCGUUGUGAAGAAAUUGAUUAUGAUAGCAUAAUAGACCUUACGAUAGCAAAAGGAAUGAAUCAAAAAGACGCGUCAUCGAGAUAUGGAGAAUCACAUCAUAGACGUGGGGAUAACAUUUUUCAUGAAGGAAAAAAACAUUCCAUUAAUACGUUUCACAGAAAUGAUGACUAUAAUGAAAGAAGAACAUGCAAUGCAUUGAAAAGUUUAGACAACUAUGAUGAAUAUGCUAGUGAGGAAAAGAGAAUUGUGAAAAAAUUUUUACAUAAGAGUAGUACUAAAGAGUAUUGUGCACAUGGUUUAGCUGCAUUGUCCCCAAUACUUAUAUUAACACUUCUUUUAAAUCCAUCCUUAAUGCUUUUAUCUUUUUUUGGUUCUGUUGUUGUGCUUUAUGAUGAAUGCACAAAUUUUGCAAUAAAACAAAUGGCACCUGCAUUUGAAGUGCCCAGAUAUAGAACAAAUGUAAAUAUAUAUCAUCCAUUUUCCUGUAUUUUAUAA